AUGCCCGACAUUGAAGAUAAUCAAAACCAAGCAAAGAGUUCCAUGAGCUCACUUCGGGAUCACUUCGACGCAGAACUCACCGAAUCAUGGGGCGACUCGGUCCUUAUCGCUAGUAGCUUCAUCACUGGUCUACUGGACUCGGCGGUAUUCAAUGUGUGGAACUGCUUCGUCUCGAUGCAGACGGGUGAGAUAUGUCAUCCAUAUCAGAAAAGACCCACGAUUGACAAUNNGGCAGGUAACACACUUUACCUCGGUCUUGGUGUUUCUGGGCAACCAAAAUCUUCACCAUGGCGCUGGGCGAAAUCAGGAAUGUCCAUUCUUUCAUUCGUGAUGGGCGCAUUCAUUUUCAGCCGCUUCAUGAGAUAUCUCGGACCUCUUCGCCGAAGUACGCUGGUAUACUCUUGGUUGAUCCAGGCCGUAUUGAUAUAUGUUUGCGCCGCCCUCGAAGAUUCUGGUGUCGUCCCAAAUAAUGCAGGCGACGUCUUGCCCGACAAUUUCAUCGUUCUUCUGCCAUUGGGUCUGUUGUCGGUCCAAUCCGCCGGCCAAAUGGCCAUGUCAAGAGUUCUUGGUUAUGGCGAAGUCACCAGUGUCGUUCUAACAAGCUCUUACUUUGAUUUUGCUUUUGACGACAAAGUCUUCGAUGGCCCAACUCGUAACGUUAAACGCAACCGUCGAGUAGGAAGCAUGAUCAUGGUGGUUUUAGGUGCAAUUGCCGGCGGUUUCCUGACCCAAGACGAGGAUAUCUCCAAAGUAUUAUGGUUAGCCGGAUCGCUCAAAGUUGCAAUCGCAGUCUUAUGGAUUUUCUGGAAGUCGAAGGGAUCCGUCAGACUGGAUUGA